AUGUCUUCCACUUGGAAAUCAAGGUUGGUAGAGCUACUGCACGUAGCUGCCGAUCCGUUUCUAGUAGAUUUGUCAAAAAAGCAUACUAACGAUGAGAAGAAGCUAUACUCUCUUGUCAAUGAACCCGACUCCAGUGCAGAACAAAUCAUCAAAGAAGCUAUCAUUAAGUCAAUGGAAGAAUCAUUCUAUCGUCCGCAAAUCCCUCGUGAAAUGUUGAAACGUAAACUGGAUACUCAACUCGAGGAUGACGAAAGAAAAAUUGCUAAGUUGUCAUUUAAGAAAGAAAGGAAACAUAGUGCUGUUGAAUCAUUAAAAACACAGGAUGAAGUAAACAAAGAAGAACUAGAGAGCUUUCUUAACAAGAGCAUCGACGAGUUGGAAAUACUUUCAGUUCCCGAGUAUUACCCAUUAAGACCUCAUACAGUUUCAUCAUUAGCAGAAUUAUAUUAUCUAACGCAAACCCUCCCACUUAUAAAACUACUUCCAGGAAGUCACAAGGUAUUAAUGACGGACAAUUUUGAACUGGCAUUAUUAGAAGGGAAAAUAGCUGUUUUGUAUUCGCGUAUGGAAGAACUUAAAAGACAAGGAAAAUGGUCCUUAAGACAACCCCAGAAAUUCUAUGAUCCAUUUACAUACCUUAGAAAGACUAAAAAGAAGGAAUUUUAUUGGGAUAAUGUAUUAAAAGAAGGCAAAUGGAUGGCAGAAGAUUUCAAGCAGUCACUGAGAUACAAGAAAUGGUGUUGCGUCACAAUUGCUGAAGCAGUAGAAGAUUAUUGGCGUAUGGGUAAACUGGUUUGUAUUAAUAGAAAAGAAAUUGUUCAGUACAGUGAGGGACAAGCGAAAUCUGAAGCAAUAGAAUCUACUUCUGUUGUUGAAACAAAUCAAGUUAAAGGUGAUAUACCGGAAACAAUAGACGUUUCCCGUUUGAAAUCGGCCGAGAAUGAAUCUUUUAAAGAGACAGUGGACAACUUUCCUAGUAUAUUGUCUCCAGGAGGUAGCAGGAAACCAACAGAAGAAAAGUCAAUGUUUAAAGUUUAUCUAGAUAUAAAUGAUUUGAAAAAGAUUGAUCAAUCGAUUAUCCGCAAUCUUCCAAAGUUCACUCCAUUCGAUCAAGAUGCAACACUUGGACCAUCUCACGUGCUAGAACCAGGCGAAGCCCCUAUUGCGUCUGUAUCAAGGUUACUCCAUCCAUUUGAAGAGAACGAAGAAUGGUAUAAGAUUGUAUUAAGGGAAGCAGAUUCAAAGAAAAUCCGAAGCCUGGGUCCUCCAGAAUAUCAGAAAGGCUUGUUUGGAUUUCAGUCGCAUCGUCGUUUCAACUACUUAAAACCGCCGAAGCCUCCUUUGGUAAAGAAUAUUGAAUAUAGGACUCCAACCAUAUGGCUCCCUCAAGAUGACAAGCUUCUUAUUCAUUUUGUUGCAGAAUUCUGCUUUAAUUGGGAUCUCAUUUCUGAGCACCUACUGUCAACUUCCACUGCAUCUAGUUUAAAGAAAUAUGAAUCUAAUAUUGAAAGAAGAACUCCUUGGCAAUGUUUCGAAAGAUACAUCCAAUUGAAUGAAAAAUUUCAAUUUCUGGAUAUGAAGGGUGUUUACGCUUAUCAUGCUCAGCAAUGGUUAGAACAAGCACAUAGAGCCCAGCUGACAACAAAAAGAAGAAUUUCUCCGUUGGGAGUUGGAACCGAGUCAAUCCAGAGGGGACAUAGAAGACUUAGAUGGGCAUCAAUGUUUGAUGCAAUGCGUAAGUGUAUGAAAAAGAGAGAAAUCGCGUUGGCCAAAGUCAAUCACCGUAGAUCUACGGCGGAAGGGGGUCAACAGCAAAGCAAUUCAAAUUCUAAUAGUCAAGAAGAUACACCGGUUAAAAGAAGUAACGAUAGAAUUCCAACGCCUGCAGAGCUUUCCAAAUUGAAAUUUGAACGAGACAAAUCAAUCCAAGAGGCAUACUUAAAUCAACAAGCAACUAGAUCAAGAAUGAUGGCUGCUGUUGCCCAACAACAGAACCAAAGCCAGCAAAGAAUCGGUCAACCAUCACAAGUGCCAGUUCCUCCUCCUACACAGGAAAGGCUCUUACCGAAUCAACAACUAACUCCGUCUAUGCCAUCAGCUCAGCAAGCAAUCGCCAGUCAGCAGGGCCCUAAAGUUGGUAAUGAAAAUUGGCAUUCACCGGGUAAUAUUGGGAGUCCACAAUCAAGCCAGAUGCCUAUUCCACAAAACCAACCAGCAAUGAUUAAAGCAGCUCAAAGUCCAAUGGGGUACCAACAAGCUGUUGCUAACAAUCAGCAGACACCAGUAAAGAGACCAACUACUCCCAAUGGAACACCGCUCACAAAUGAACAAAUACAACAGUUGUUGCAAUUGCAAAAACAAAGGAGAUUGCUUCAGCAACAACAGCAGCAAGCAAUGCAAGCACAAGCACAAGCACAACAUGUUCCGCUUAAGUCUGGUAUGACCAAUCAGCAGAUUAACUCGCCCAAUCUUCUUCAAGGAAAUCACGUACCAAUAAACACAAAUAUGGUUAAACCUGCCAAUGCAAAUCAGGUCCUGCAGCCUGCAUCACAACCUAGACCGCGCAUGCAGUUUGCCCCUGCUCAAGUUUCGGCAAUUAUUAGUUCAAUUCAACAAAAGAAUCCAAACUUUACAAAAGAUCAAGUAACAAAACUAGCCGCACAAUAUCUAGCUAGCCUUCAGCAACAACAACAACAGCAACAACAACAGCAGCAACAAGCCCAGAAUAGAUUCAACCAAGGCAUGCGUCCUCAACAACAAGCGCAGCAAAUUCAACAACAGAGGUUGCAACAACAGCAACAGAUUCAGGCCCAGAUGCAAGCAAGAAACAACCAAAUCCCAUUAGAUAGAGGUUUUAAUCAAAGCCCUAACAGGCAGCUACAACCUGGUACUUUGAGUCCAGAAGAAAGACAACAGUUGCAAAUGCUAAAAGCAUCUGGUUCAGCUUCACCAAUUGCACAACAGCUUCUUCAACAAUCUGUUUCAACCCCGAAGAUGCAAUCAGUUUCACCUGCUACAGGCUCUCCGAAUAUGGCUUAUACUACUCAAGAGCUUGAACAAAGAAGAAGAGCGCUUUUGCAGCAACGACAACACCAACAACAGCAGCAGCAACAACAAAAUGAGCAAAUGGCAGGAUCGCAAAGUUUUACCUCUAGUAAUGGGCUGCCAGGUGCUGACUAG